GCAGCUUAGCACCGCAUCCAGCUUCCUCCAGCAUCCACCCGAGGCUGGAAAGCAAGCAGCGUCAAAUCCUACCCGGGCACCACCACUCCGACCCACGAAGGAGGAAGAGAAGCGAAUAUAGGAGGAGGAGGGUGGUCGCAUCCUCGCCAUCCGAGUGAUGCCACAGCACCAACUGCAUUCGGAGCAAGAGCACUGAGAGUUGAUCUUGUAUUUAAGCGGGUUCGGAGGGGAGGAAGCGUUUCCAUACUCGAAGACAGCCGCAAACUGCCCAUGAAGAUGUCCAACGCUGACAUCGUCCACAACGCCACCGAUCGGGUGGUGAAAUCUGUCCCCUUUCCUCUAAGCCACCGCCUUACCAUGAAAGAAGUGUUUGACUGUGAAGGGAAGCCACGAGUGGACCUCCUGAAGGCCCAUCUUACCAAGGAGGGCCGGGUGGAAGAAGCCGUGGCCUUGCGAAUCAUCAAUGAAGGAGCGACAAUCCUGCGCCAAGAGAAAACUAUACUGGACAUUGAGGCACCAGUUACAGUUUGCGGGGACAUCCAUGGGCAGUUCUUUGACCUGAUGAAGCUUUUCGAAGUGGGAGGCUCACCAGCCACAACGCGUUACCUUUUCCUGGGGGACUAUGUCGACCGUGGCUACUUCAGCAUCGAGUGUGUUUUAUAUCUUUGGUCACUGAAAAUCCUCUAUCCAAAGACACUAUUUUUACUGCGUGGAAAUCAUGAAUGUAGACAUUUGACAGAAUAUUUCACCUUCAAACAAGAAUGUAAAAUCAAAUAUUCGGAGCAGGUGUACGACUCGUGCAUGGACGCGUUUGACUGCCUUCCUCUGGCUGCGCUCAUGAACCAGCAGUUUCUGUGUGUCCAUGGGGGACUCUCACCAGAGAUACACACCUUAGAUGAUAUAAAAAAAUUGGAUCGGUUCAAGGAGCCGCCGGCUUUUGGCCCCAUGUGUGACCUCCUGUGGUCAGAUCCUCUGGAGGACUUUGGCAAUGAGAAAACCCAGGAAUAUUUCAGCCACAACACAGUGCGAGGCUGCUCCUACUUUUACAGUUAUCCAGCUGUGUGUGAGUUCCUACAGAGCAAUAACCUAUUAUCAAUUAUCCGAGCACAUGAGGCACAAGAUGCAGGUUACCGGAUGUAUCGUAAAAGUCAGACCACAGGAUUCCCGUCCCUCAUCACCAUCUUCUCAGCACCAAACUACUUGGAUGUUUACAACAACAAAGCUGCUGUACUCAAAUAUGAAAACAACGUCAUGAACAUCCGACAGUUCAACUGCUCGCCUCAUCCCUACUGGCUGCCCAACUUCAUGGACGUCUUUACCUGGUCGCUGCCGUUUGUUGGAGAGAAAGUCACAGAGAUGCUGGUGAAUGUGUUGAGUAUAUGCUCCGAUGACGAGCUAAUGAAUGAUGAAGAUGAGAUAUUUGACGCCAACGCAGCUGCGGCCCGCAAGGAGGUGAUCCGAAACAAAAUUCGUGCUAUUGGAAAAAUGGCCAAAAUGUUCUCGGUCCUCAGAGAGGAAAGCGAAAAUGUGUUGACGCUCAAGGGCCUGACGCCCACCGGCAUGCUACCGAGCGGGGUCCUCUCUGGGGGAAAACAGACGCUGCAGAGUGCCACCAUUGAAGCCAUUGAAGCCAUCGAGACCAAUGAUGAGGACAGAGAAGCCAUCCGUGGCUUUUCCCCCCAGCACAAGAUCACCAGUUUCGAAGAAGCCAAGGGCCUGGACCGCAUCAACGAGCGCAUGCCCCCUCGCAGGGACGGCGUCAACCACGUGGGUCACUCCAUGGGCAAGAUGAAUAUGUCCGAGGCAAACGGCACGGAUGACAACAGCAACAUCCAGUGAGCCUUGGUCGGUGACAGUG